CGCCCGCCCGUUUGCGCCUGCGCCAUGGCCCAGCCGGCCCCCGUGCAGGCUUCGGAGCGGGACCCCGAGGGCAGCCCCACCCUGCCGUUCUGCCAGCCGCCCGCCAGCGAGGCCCACCUGCACACGGCGGCCAUCUCCCUGUGGACCGUGGUGGCCGCCGUGCAGGCCGUGGAGCGCAAGGUGGAGGUGCACGGCCGCCGGCUGCUGGGCCUGGAGGGCCGGGCCGGCUCGGCCGAGAAGAAGCUGGCCGACUGCGAGCGGACGGCGGCCGAGUUCGGCAGCCGGCUGGAGGGCAAGUGGGCCGUGCUGGAGACGCUGCUGCAGGAGUACGGGCUCCUGCAGAGGAGGCUGGAGAACAUGGAGAACCUGCUCAGGAACAGGAACUUCUGGGUCCUCCGCUUCCCCCCGGCCACCAACGGCGAGGUCCCCAAGGUCCCGGUGAUAUUCGACGACGUCUCCGUCUACUUCUCCGCGCCGGAGUGGGAGAAGCUGGAGGACUGGCAGAAGGAGCUCUACAAGAAUAUUAUGAAGGGCAACUACGAGUCCCUGGUCUCCAUGGACUACGCCAUGUCCCAGCCCGACAUCCUGUCCCAGCCCGCGCCCGACGAGACCCCGAACGUCGCAGAGGCCCAGCCCGAGGCCGAGGAGCAGGCCGCACUAUCGGGCCCCAAUGCCGAACCCGGCAUUUCCGCCUCGGAUAUCCUGUCCUGGAUCAAGCAAGAGGAGGAGCCCGGGGGCGAGAGGCUGCGGGGCUUGGUGGAGGAGCAGGGGCAGGAGCAGGAGCAGGAGGAGGCCGAGGACGCCGCGGAGGAAGCAGCAGCCCAGGCUGACCAGGGCCCCUACGGCGCGGGCGACGGAUUUGCAGUCAAGGCGGAAGGCCCGGUCCCGGCCCAGGGCCCGGCGGUGCCCGCCGAGGAAAACCGUGCGGGCCCGGCCGGCGGGAGCCCGGUCCCGGCGGCCCCGCAGGCCCCCCGCCCCGGGGCCGGCCCCCGGGAGCCCGGCGAGGCGGAGGCGGGCACGCCGCGCGGGAAGGCCUCCGGCGGGCGGGACGGGCCCCCGGCCCAGCGGCCCGGCCCGGCGGGGGGCGAGCGGCCCUACCAGUGCGCCCACUGCGGCAAGGGCUUCGUGCACCCGUCGCGCCUGACGUACCACCUGCGCGUGCACACGGGCGAGCGGCCCUACGCCUGCGCCGACUGCGGCAAGACCUUCGCGGACCGGUCCCGGCUGAGCAGCCACCGGCGGGCCCACGCGGCCGGGGCGGGGGCCGGCGGGGGCCCCCACGCCUGCGCCCAGUGCGGCCGCAGCUUCGGCCUGAAGAUCGGCCUGCUCCUGCACCAGCGCGGCCACAGGCAGGAGAGGCGCACCUUCGCCUGCGCCCAGUGCGGCCUCCACUUCAACUGCCACUCGGGCCUGGUCCGCCACCGGAUGAUCCACACGGGCGAGCGGCCCUACCCGUGCCCCGACUGCGCCAAGAGCUUCGUGCGCAAGGAGCACCUGCUCAACCACCGGCGGCUGCACACGGGCGAGCGCCCCUUCCACUGCGCCCACUGCGGCAAGAGCUUCAUCCGCAAGCACCACCUCAUGAAGCAUCAGCGCAUCCACACGGGCGAGCGGCCCUACCCGUGCCCGCGCUGCGACAAGGGCUUCCGCUACAAGCGGGCCCUCGAGGACCACCUGCGCGAGCACCCCCCCGAGCCCCCGGACCCCCACGGCCUCCCGCCGGGGCCCGGGCCCGAGGCCGCGGACGGCAGGGAGGGGGGCGGGUGGUGAGGCCGGCCGGGGAGGGGAGGCCGUCCUCGCCCCGGCGCCGCCCUCCGUCUCCCCUCCCCGCCACCGGCUCCGGGCCGGCUUACUUCCCGUCUGGCCCGCCGGCCCCCAGACGCGACCCCCUCACCUUUCCGGGACCGCCCCCGCCACACGACUUUGACCGUUCCCGCUCGGUCGGGUUCGAGCUGACCCCGUACGGACGACACCUCCCUCCGGGAUGCCCCUUCUUGUCAUUCCCUCCCGGCUCUCGUGUUGGGGUGGGCCCCUGUGACCCCCCACCCCUUCCCCAUGCUGCACUGCUCGGGCCCCUCACGAACCGUGACGUGAGGGGCUGACGGACCCCUGACUCCUCCCUGUCAGCCUCCAUCCCGGGGGUCUGGUAACUGGGCGGCCCCUUCUGCCGCCCCUCACCGGGACCGAGACCCCCGUUGUCCCAGAGAGUACGCCGGGGGGGGCGGGGGCUCCCCUGGGCAGGCCCAGCCCCCAACCCCGUGGCCAGAGACCCUCUUGGGGCAGCAGAACGUGGACAUCCUCGACCCCGCCACCGCGGCAGGGGGUGGACGGAGGAGCGCUCCGCCUUGUACAUAGACUCGACGACAGCCCUACCCCAGGUUCUUCUGCCGGAAGGACCCCACCACGCUCCAGCGGACGGAGCUGACCACCUCCCCGGUCAGCUGGUCCAAAUGGAGGACCCGGCGUCCACGCUGCCGCCCCCCCUUCCUCGUCCGGGGCUGUUGGUGUGCCGGCCGUGAGGUCCCGCUGCAGGGAUGGAUGUGGGGGGGCAGGCGUGCCUCUUCCCCAGGCACCUCCCUCCCCUUCCAGGACGGGCGGACGUGGCUCGGCCCCCUGCCCCGAGCUUCGCGGGGACACGAUGGGCAAGGCCAAGCCCAGAGGGCAGGGGAGGCGGCGUGAGAAAGCACCUGCUCCUUUCCAACUGACCGGGCCACGUCUCCGUCUGGCGUGGAGCAAGGUGGGCGACCCACCCCAGCGCCCAGAUUGAGUGACGUGGCUGCCUAACAGUACCGUCGGUGAUCACACCCCCGAAACCCACUCCCCUCCUCUCCGCCCUGCCACUGUUGGGGGUGAGGGGGAGGAAACUCACCCAUUGCUCUGUGGCUUAGGCCCAGAAGGGACGACUUCCUCAAAUCAGCAGCUCCGACGAUCACAACCCCCUGCCCGCUGCUCGCAGGGGUCGGGCCGGGGUCCGCAGAGCUGCCUGCGCAUCCUGCUUUUCUCCUCCCGGACCCAGGCCGAGCCCCACCCUGCAGUUCAGGGGCUCAGGACGGGCUUCUGUUCAAGUCAAUAAAAGCCGAAUGAAUU